AUGAAUGGUGAAUCUAAAGGUGUCAAGUCAGACCAAUUCCCAGUGAAUUUGCAAGAGGGAUUAGGUGUUACACCAUUGACAUACCUCAUUCCAACUCAAGAUCUGGCCGCAUUAAUCCUGCCCACAAGUUUAACGCCAAUAAGUCCAGAGAUUAAUGAAGAGGAAGGAUGUGAAUUAUAUCAAGAAAAUGUGAAAGCAGUCUUUGAAAGCAAUAGCCCGUCGUAUGAUUCUGUUAAGCAAAACGUUCUGGAGACUUACAGUUUCAGUCAAUGUCUUGAGAAUUCGACCCUUUCAUUUAGAGGUACUUCUUCUACAAUAGAGGAUGAAACUACACACGAAACAAAGUCCUUGUUUGAUGGAUUACAUGGUUUAGCUAAAAAUGUUAUUGAUAGUGUGCCUCUGGUUUCUCAUAAAAAUAUUGUCAGCUCAAACAAAGAUGCUCCUCAAACCGUUACAACUUCUAGACCAAACCCCAAACGUACAGCAUCCACCCUAAUUCAGGUUCAAAAUGAAGUUGAGAUAAAGAAAAGAAAAUCUGACAUUGGCGUUCAACAUUUACAACUUGAAAGCAUAUCAAACCAAAAAUUGACAGAUCUUGUUGUUAAUAAGAUUGGAUUAGCUGAUGAACAAUGUGAAUAUGAAUCAUCAGACUUAUGGAUAGAACUACCCAGUUCAGAACAUGUUUUGUCAGAUGAUGUCUUUGUUGAAGUUGAGCAAUAUUUACUUAAAGUGAAGGGAACCAGAUUGGUGCAGGAGUUUUCCUUUGAGGUUUUGGAUAGGCUUAAAAAGCUAUCUGUGAGAUCUAUCAAGUGCUCUGAAAAUUUUGAUUGGGCUGACGUUGACCUUCAAAGUGAUUUUUGGCCAUUGAAAAUAGCAUUAAACAGUCUGAAAGCAGUGACUACUAUAUUGAUUAUAUACAACUGUCAGAGGAAAGAGAAAAAAUUAUAUCUUGAUGAGGAUUUGGUUUUGGCUUUAGAUUUCAUUUACAAAUUGACAGAGGAUUUAAUCUUAAAGCUCACUGUUCAGAGUGAUGAGUGGGAUAAUGAAAACGUUCAGUUGAUAAUUGGGGUCAUGAAUUUAUUGACCAAGAACUUAGAACUUUUUGGUGAUUAUAUCGCUUCUAAUCAAGCUAAUGAUACUGUUUUGACAAAGCUGGAAUACUUGUCAUUAAUGAUCUUCUUUCAUGCACCAGAGAAAAACAAAUUUACCACAAGUAUGCAAAGUUUGAAAACAUCUUCAAUGAACUUGCUUAUUGAUUUAUUCAGAUCCAAGAAGGACCAAAGAUCUUUUAUUGUCAAUGAGGUUCUAUCUAAUUUUGAUAGGCUACCAACUCACAAGACACAAUCUAGACAGUUGAAGCUAUUCAGAGGGUUGAACAUUCAGUUUUUUACAGCCUCAAUAUUAAACUUUAUUCAAAGUUUGAACAUAAGAGAUAUUGAAUUGAAAGAAACAAUUAAAGAAAAACAGCAACAUAAUAGGGAUGCUGGUUUAGCAGAUUUUAUUGAAGAAAAUAACGAGAUGAAAAGAAUAACAGAAGAGCUACAGACCGAGAAAAACUCUAUAUUGUCACUUAUCUCCUCUACACUUGUCAACAGAAUCAUUACUCAGCUCAAUGCUAAUACAAAACAGUUAUUUGAGUUAUUCAUUCAAGAUUUGCUUAAUGUUGUGCAGUUCCCGGAAUGGUCAGCCUCCGAACAACUUUUAAGUUCAUUGACUAACACUUUGGUGUCUAAUUCAGAAAAUCAACCUUCAAUCGUUGAAACUUAUUUAUUGGAAAUAAUUGGAUUAAUAGGAUCUACAAUGUUGGAACUAAAAGGCCCUAACGACUUACCAGACCUAAGUGUUUCAGAUCUAACUGAUGAAUAUUCAAUAGUUUCGAGCUAUUUGUUGACCUUGAGAGAUGCUUUUCCUGUGAAGUUUUCCGGUGACUCCUUUGUUUAUGAUUGGAUAUACAAAUUAUCCUCCAAUAUCUCAUCCAGUACAGAGGAGGAUUAUGCUAAAGCCAAAGAGAGAGAAACUUAUUUGAAAUUGUUGUCAAGUUACUAUAAGGAGCAAUCAAAUGGUCUUAUCAAAAAAAAUGAUGGAAGUGCUACAGAGGAAAAUGCUACAUUGUGCUACAAAAAAAUUCUCUUGUCUGGAACAUUCAUGAAGCUCUACCACAACUUUUUGACUCAUUUAUUGAGAUCAAUUGACCAUCCCAAGAUUAAAUCAAGGACAAGGGCAAUGAAAAAUUUGGCACAACUUAUUGAUAAAGAUUCAAGAUUAUUGAAUCUCCCAAUGGUGAAACAAUCUUUGUCCAAUAGAAUUGCUGACCCAUCCCCCCUUGUUAGACUUGCAGUUCUUGAAAUUUUUGACCAGUAUAUUUUGAAGAAACCGGAGUUGAUUGGUGAAUUUUAUCAAACAUUAAUUUUGACAAAUGAUAAAUCUGUCAGCGUCAGAACAAAAUCAUUAAAAAUUGCAAAAAGAAUCUUUUUAGAAGCAAGUAACAAAGAUAUUAAAGUUUUUGCAUUAGAGAAAAUUUUGAGAAGACUUGAGGAUGAUGAAGAGAAUGUGCUUGAUUUAACCAAACAAUUAUUGAUGGAAACCGUGUUUUUGGGUCUUUAUGAUCAAAUUGGAGCAUACUCUAAAGAUCAAAUCAAACAGAGAGAUGCUGUCAGCUUUAUGAUUGAUAUUUUACUUGAUCUUAUAAACAAGUCAGAAAAAACUUGGGAACUCUUUGAGAAAUAUUUAAAUGAAGACAUUAUGAGAAAGACUGAUGAGAAUAAGAAAUUUCACAACAACCUCUUGAGUAUAUCCAAUACUAUAGUGGAUGUUCUUCUGACAUUUGUUGUUGAUUAUGUUGAUACAGAGAAGCAAGAUUCAGUGGAGAAAAGCUUAGGUUUAUUGUCAAUUUUUUCUAAGUGUGAACAUCCAUUGAUUAACCAGGAACAGUUGAUGUCACUACAACCUUAUUUAACUUCAGAAUCUACAGUUUCAUCAUCUACAUCCUAUUAUACGUUGAUCAUUUUCAGACACACUCUUGGACGUACCAAUUCAUACAGAGACCAAUUUUUAACAGACUCUCAAACAUCAUUACUAAGAAGGUUGACAAAGUUUAAUACUAGAGAAUUAGACGAAGCUAUGCCAUGCAUCUGGAUGAUUUCAACAAUGAAAAAAGAUACAACUAAGAUUUCUAAUGCUGCUGCUUCUUGUUUGACUUUGAUUAAACCUAAUGUUGAUAAGGCUUUGAAGGAUGAACUUGAUAAAUCUGAUCCUAAGGUUUUAAGACUAAUAUAUUUGAUUGGAAGUUUUGGUAAAUACUGUGAUUUAGAAGCUAAUAGGCAAGUGUUCAAAAAUGCCAAAAAGCUUGCCUUGAAAGACAAAGAAAGUGUCUUGAGCUUAAUAACUAAGUAUCUUUUGAUUUUUACAAGAGAUUCAGUGAAUAGGCAGAUAAGAAGAGUCGCUGUGCGAAAUAUUAUUAAUGUUUGCUCAAGCCACCCAAAACUUUUCAUGAGUUCCCCUGUUUUAAAUGUUUUAGAUAAAGAAUUUACUGGAUCUAGCAUUGAUUUUAAAGAGGUGAUGAUACAAGGAAUUUUUGAGUUUUUAGAAAGAGAAGAGAAGAAGUCAUCAAAAAGAUCUGGUCAUGAAGGAAAAAUUUCAAGUGAAGUCAGUCUUGAUGUUGAUGUGUUCCACGGUAACUCCAAGAUGUUUGAAAACGAUGGUAUUUGUGCAUCUCUAGUUCAACGUUAUAUGGAUCCAAUUUUGGAAAUGUGCACUUAUGAUGAUGGUGAGCAUUCAUAUCUUGCUGUUAAAUAUCUCAAAUUUAUUGUUAAACUAGGGUUUGCCAAUCCUAGGAUUUGUAUUCCAACAGUUGUUGCACUUGAAGCUUCUAAAGUUCCCUAUGUUAGAUCAAUGGCACUUGAAAUACAUAGAGAGUUACAUUCAAAGCAUGAGUCACUUAUCGACUCUAGUUAUAUUCAUGGUUUCAAGCUAGCUGUGAAAUACAGAGCUAAACUUUCAUCAGGGUUGCUUACUGAGAAUCAGCAGUAUUUUCAAAAAUUUUACAAAGUUAUUGAGGAGUCAAAAGCAACAAAAAAGAAAAUCUUCAAUCAGUUGGUCAAAUCCUUUACGUUUAGUAUUGAUGGUUGCACUGAAGAACAAGCUUUGUUCAUGAAAAACUAUGUUUUAUUUAUGGCUAAUACAAUCCCAUGUUGUGAACUGUCAACAUUGGAGGAGGUGUUCAUAUUGGUUGAUGGUAUUGAUGCUGUUUUAGCCAAUCAAGGUGUUACGUUAUCCAGUAAUGUUUCUGUCAAAUUGAAUCAAACUGAUCCAAAUUUUGAUUGGAAGAUUUAUGGAUAUUUAAGUUUGGCUAUUUUAUCACUAUAUGAAUUGAAAAAUUGUUUGAUCCAGGCUUACAAGAUUCCAGAGGAUGGCCAAAGAAAUGAGCUGAAGUCUCAGAAAACUAAAUUCACUGAGGUUCCCAUUAAAUUGUUUGAUAUUUCCCCAGAAGCUGGUUCUUUUAGGGAAAUAUGUGAAAAAUUGGCGACUAUUUUACUUUGAAGCGGAAGUUGUUAAUUACAGGUUCAUGCAACAGGAUGUUUUUCCAACUUCGCUAAACCACGAACUAGUAAAAGUGUAUAUCACAUAGAAUUUUGAAUUAUACAAGUUUGCUAAUAUCGAAAAGAGUGUACGAGUGGGGGCAGAGCAUUGAACAAAGAACAAAAUUCUAUCUCAUACAUAGUACUUCAAGUAGCUUAACGGUUAAUUUCCUGCUUAAUUAAGCACUCAAACCAUGUUGUUAAAGUUUUUCUGAUCUCAACCAGACAAGCUAGUCUUCUAGCUCUCAUUAUAUUUACUUCAAGUUGAUUCCAUUCGUUGUACUUGAAGCCAAGCAUCUAAAAGAGCAAUAAUUAAGCCAUUUAACACACUCAAGAACAAUCGAGUAAUGUCCAUGGAAAGGAGAGUGGGAUAUCUUGUAAUCGAUAAUUGAACAGGGUUUUAAUUUUUUUUUUACAAAAGAAUGUGAC